AUGAUGGGCGACGAGGACAUCUACAGGCAAUUGCCAACGCAUGCAAAACUCUGCGAUGUCCGCGGCUGUAGCAGCGUCUCCCCAGACGCCCUAGCAGUAGAUGAAGUCUCCGGCAACACUGCGUACAUUACCGGUGCCACAAUUACCAUCGUGCAAAACCAACAAGCCCACCUCGUCUCGACGUCCAGGAACCCGUUUUCCUGUAUCGCCUUCUCGCCAUGUGGUCGAUUUUUGGCGACUGGAGAGACCGGCGAUCAACCGAUGGUGAGAGUUUGGGCGGUUUGCGAUGAUGAGGGACGAUUGAUAGGGCAAGAGCUCGCCCAAUUACCCGGCCAUUCCUUUGGCAUCUCAGCAAUUGUAGGCCUUUUUGGAGCCGGAAGUCCGCAUCUCGUCUCUGUCGGCGACCAGCACGACAAGUCGAUCAUCGUCUGGGAAUGGAGGACCGGCAAUCAGGCGGCGGCAAGCCGGCUUAACAAUCAGGUUUGUGGUAUUGCGAUGUGCCCGGAUGGCUGCUCUUUCGUCACCUAUGGAGCUAAACACGCCAAGAUGUGGUCUUUCGAGGGAGACAAACUGCAUGGCCGUUCCUUCAUCUUGAAUGACAAGCGCAAUUGUCACUUCUCAGCUGGGGUUUUCUUGAGUGAAAAUCGGUUCCUGGCUAUUGCGGACAACGACUUUUUGGUGGAGGUGGUUGGGAAGAAGCUCCAACACACCUACAAGCUUGGGACACGGAAGUUAUUCUCGAUGACUAUCAUCGAUGAAGAUACCCUAGCCGUUGGGUGUGACGAUGGAAUGAUCCUCGCCCUCCGGCUGGCCGGUUCAGAAGGCCUCCAAGUACUGUACUCCUUCCCCCUACCCCACCACCUCGGUCUCGACGUCGCCGAAGCCACCCACGACUCGGCACUUGAUGCUUCUAACCAUCCCCCGCAGUCCAGUUACCCAUCAGCCCGCGCCCUGGCUGCCCAUCCCUCCUCCCAAUCCACCUCGGUCCUUUAUUCCGACCGUUCGCUCUACGUAUGGCGUCGGAGUUCCCAGGGGGACACCGUCAAGAUGUACUCCGAUCUUGGCCAUGUUGGCGCGGUGAAUGUGAUCGAGGUGUACCCAGAAGGGGCCAGCUACUUACCACCUGGCACUUACGUGACUGGAGGCGCUGAUGGGACGAUACGAUUCUGGAAUACGAACAAAGACCAAAGGCCGAAAGGCAUACAGACGAGCCUCCUCCCAAGCUCCAACGUCUACUCCGAAUGCCUAAAAAAGAUCGUCUACACGAGCGACAACAUGCUGCUCCUUUUCGACGCAUCCGAUGAAGGCGCCAUGGUCCCGGCAGCCCGGUUCGACAUCAAAGAAGCCGUCAAAAGCCUCCGCUUCUCGCCUGACGGCCGAAAUCUGGUGAUCGGCAAGCAAAAUGGUGCCAUUCUGGUGAUGGACGUCGUCACGAUGGCGUUGGUGAUCAAGAUGGACGCGCAUGAGAGUGACGUGUUCGCGUUGGAAUUCGGGAGAGCGGAUCGAAGUGGAGGGCCAGCGUUGAUGGCUUCUGGGUCGAGGGAUUGUCUCGUACAUCUCUACAACGUUACCCAGAACUACGAAUAUCUGCAUACGCUACAGGACCAUCAAGGGGCUGUCAUUGCCAUUAAGUUUGCCACGGCAAACGACGGCACACUACGCAUGUACACCCUCGGCACGGACAAGCUGCUCAUUGUCUGGAAUUACAACGGAUCCCUGAACGCUCCCUUCGCCCGUGGGGCCGUCAUCAAGCAGGGCGUGGCCAUGACCGACCUGGCGAUACUUCCAGAAUUGAAUGGGAUCGCUGUUGGGUGUGUUGAUCGGCAGAUUCGCCUGUAUUCCCUUUCUGGAAAGCAGCUGAACGGUUUUCACGCUGGCGGGGCUGAAAAAGACCCGGGUGGCAGUUCGUCAUUUGGAAAGAUCGUUUUUGACCCUUCCGGUUCCCUAUGCGCGUCCGUCUGCGAUCGGGUUGUCCAAGUGCUGGACGUCCGAACACAGCGGCUGUUGAUGGCUUUACCGGGCACCGGGGAUGCUCCCACCCAAAUCGCAUUUUCCGCCGAUCUCAAAAAUCUCAUCAUCUGCUGCGCAAACGGCUGCAUUUACACGUGGCGACUCUCCCAAAAAUUGACGCAACGCCUCCAAACUGCCGCCAGAGACCUGUACGAACGUAUCGAAAGUCGCCGAGUUCCGACCCCGGAUUCUGUACUUGGGAGCGGUUCGGACUGUGUGAGUGAGGAGCACGCGUCACCACUUGGCGAUAUUGAAUUACCGAUCGGUGCAUCAACUUUCGGUUCAAUCGACAGUAUCCAUCUCCUUGGCCGCAUAGAUCCGACUCGAACGUUUAACGUCCCAAGCCGCGAAUUACCGGGCUUGGAAGUAGAAAAACGGAUCGAAGCGGUCGUGCGCCACGGCAACAACUCUAGCCUCGGCCAGUCUGGCUCCAACUUUGAUUUGACGUCGGAGCGUGACCUGGAGGAGCAGUACAGCGAGAGGACGCCGAAACAGUACACCUCAUCUAAGAGUAUGCAAAAUCUACGAUUACACCAAGUGGAUACGCCACGGAAGCCGAGAACGCCCCGACGGCAGUGGGCAGAUGAGAGUCAAGCCGACUUCAACAGUCAAUCGCUACUGGCCGGGCUGAUGGAGGGCAGCCAAAAGCCUCACCCCUCCAACAACAACAAUGAAAACGUCUACGCCAUGCCCAUCCCAAGCACUGUUGUGUCACCACCAACAAAUGGCAAUUACUCUGCCCCACUCUCCAUCCAACAACGAUUAAGCCAGGCGAGACUAUCGAACCAGCCGAAUCAGCUUUCUAGCUCGUUCAAUAGAAAUGAUAGCGGCCGAGUCUCGCUUUCAAAAUCGUUCCUAAACAAGGGGCUAUCCGUGGCGCCACAGCCAAGACCGGCAAAAACAAUGUGGUCUCCGCAACAACCAUCGACAAAUACGCGACGCACCAUGUCAACGUUGGCUGGCGGGGCUAUUGGUGGUGGGAUGCCGACUGGAGGUGUCGCUUCGGCAAUCACCAGGCGUCAGAGUACGGCUUCUCGAAAUUCACCAAGCAGCUCGGCAACCUCCGAAAAGAUUCGACGAGCCCGUACGUUCAACCGGAUGCGCGACGGGACCGAGCCGGGGACACCGACUGCCCGAAAGGCUGAUGACUUCUCCGCCUCAAACCUACACCUCCGAAGCAGAAGCCAAAGCCCGAACCAGCUCUUCUCUUCCGGUCUAUUGACCCCGAGACGGAGGGAUUCGGACAUGUCAAUGCCCGGAGCUGCCCCAUUGUCCGCUUCAUCCAGAAUGCUGACGUCAAGCCGAACGAAUCUUAGCCAGCCUGAAGCCAUCCGGAAGAGCAAUCAGGCUCUAGAUAAGCUGGCUAACAUGAGAACGAAGCUGCGACAAUCGACCGAAAACAUCAUGGGUGAUAUGGAUGAGCCUGGAAAUGGGCAGUUGUCACUCCCAUCGUCGGUGUUGAGGAGCAAGAGCAUUGGGAAUUUGAGAAAUGGCAACCAACUCGAUACCUAUGCCGGUUUGGAAGGAAGAGCUCAACCAAGAUUGGGCAGUUCCCUGGUACAAAGCCGAGCCCUCGCCCGAUCGAUGGGAAAUGUUUCGGCGGCCGAGGACGGGAUCAAGCCGGCUUCUUCCGCAUCCCAACUCGCCCAAACCAUCCAAAUGCUCAAGAAGGCUAGUAAUCCCGACCUGACGCAGCCCGACCAAUUUGACGAUAAUGGCGCGAUGCAGGAGCGGCUGAUUCGAAGGGGCGCCGUUCAAAAGAGGGUCGAGCGUUAUCAUCCACGAAAUCGACCUACAGCCAUUGUAAACGGUCGGCCAACCGUUGGGACCAGCGAAGAAUCCGAUUCCGCAUCCAACAACUCGGACGCAAGCCCGAUGAACGGAUCAAUAACUGGCAUCCAUGGACGCCGGUAUUUCGGCAUUUCUGCUAAUAGAUCCUCCUCAUCAGCCGACAGUCGGGACAUGGUGGCUGCCAUGAAUCGCCGAAUGUUCGACCCAAAACACCCCAGCUCCAUCACCAAAACCCCGACAACACCCACACGGCGAAGCAACUAUUUGGCCCACAAAUUGGCUGGCGAUGGAGAAGUAGCCCCAGACCUGGCAUCAGAUGAAAGCGCUCGUGCUCCAUCUACAGGCCCCUCAGACUACCCUCCACCUGGACAUUCUCUAUCCGAAAACGAUCGGCCCAUGGUCAACCACAUCGAUGCGACCCUGAAACAAGCCCUCAUCGCCGUCGACCAGGCAUUGCAUGCCGAGAAAUUGUUGCGCGAAUCUGAUGUAAGCGAUGGAACGCGGGAAUUCUUGAAUGAGCAAUGCCUGAGAACUUUACAACAGAUCUCUACCCGAGUGACCAGCGCAUUGGAGCGUAGCGGCCGAAGUGAUAGGCGAAGUACCGAUGAUUCGUUUCGGCAAGAAGUCGUUUAUGAUGGAAACAACAUCCACGGCCCGCACAAAACCGAAAAAGAAGUCAAUGAAUUCCUAUCCAAACAUGGCAGCCAACUGAUGGAAAUGCUUAAAAAUAACCUAGCCCGUUCAAAC